AGAAGAAGAAGUUUCGAGAUUGAGGGGGGCAAAAACAACAUGGCGAGAAAUAACAAAACAACUAAAGACAAUUUCUUAAACUGUCUGUGCUAAAGACUGAAAGUACUUUAACUUGAGAUGUUUAUAACAACAGGUCUGCAAAGCACUCAUCAAGUAAAGAGUGGGAAAGAUUAACCGCGUAGUAAACUGUUAGCCAGAUACAGUGUAAGUUAGUUAGCUAGCUAGCAGGCGUUAGCCAACCUGUCAGCCGUGUGUGGAGCCGCAGCAUGUCGGUGCACUUCGAGGAGAGGAGCGGCGUUGUCCCCUGCAAGACGCCCUGGGGCUCCUGGUACCAGACCAUGGAGGAGGUUUUUAUCGAAGUCAAUGUGACGCAUGGGACGUCUGCUAAAGAGGUCAAGUGUCAUUUGGGAUCCAGAGACAUUGAGCUGCAUGUCAAAGGGAAGGACAUUUUCAAGGGAAAGUUGUUUGACACAACCGUGUCUGACGAAGCUACAUGGACACUAGAGGACAAGUGUCUCAUCCGGAUCAUUCUGAUGAAGACUAACAGAGAGGCAGGGAACUGCUGGUCCUCCCUGCUGGAGGGGGAGUACUGUGCGAAUGCCUGGGUCCAGGACCAGAUGCAGAAGAAGCUCACACUGGAGAGGUUCCAGCGGGAGAAUCCUGGAUUUGACUUCAGCGGUGCAGAGAUCACUGGGAAUUUUGCUGGCGGUGGUCCGGACUUUUCCAAUUUACAGAAGUGAGCAACGUCAUGGUGUCCCCAUCAACACAACUGGGGACGUCCAUGGUAUGCAGACAAACAAAGCCCCAAUGAUGAGAAGUCAAAGAUUUGCCUUUAGAACUUAAAUACUGUAUGUUUUAAUACAGGACAAAGACAAGUUCGACAAAGACCCUUUCAUCUGUGUUGUUGCAAAGCUUAUACAGGCAGAACAACCGAUGUUAUACUGUUCCAUUUGGAUGUAACAAGCAUGUGUGAUGCGUUUAAAUAAUGAGAAGAAUGCAGUUGCUAUAACUUUUCAAUAAAGUUUUAUUGAAAGGUACAAGUACAUAGGUUAACAAGAUGGUGUAUUGAAUUUGACAUUUUGAAUUUGAGAACACAUUUUAUUUCUGUCACUAAAAGAAACUUCUACCCGACAGGAAAACUGGUAAAGAAAAUGCAAUACAAAUUCCAAUCCACAUUUCCACUGCAACAACCUUUUUAGUGUUCUCUGCAUAAUUGACAACUGAAAUCAAUUAAUACAUGUGUUACUUCACUCUGUGUACACAAAUUAAGAAUUGGUGAAAACAACUCAUCUGUAACCACUGAUGACAUUUCAGCUCAAACUGUAUGAUUAGCUAUACCUGACAGUUUUGUCAGUAGCCUCACUUCUCUGGAGAAACCCAGAGCUCCCUCGCCGUAUCAAAAUAAAACAAAAAAUCUUCACCUUGGGUAGGAGUGUGCAUUCAGGACAGUUAAGCAACCUAGGGUGGGAGUUAAGGAUUUUGGGCCCGAUAUCUUGGUUCCAUUUUUGCUGUUCACAAAAUCCUUCUCCCUCCUCUUCCACAUGGUGGACUGAGGACCUAGGUGGUUCUAUACUUAUUCGCUUUAAACCAGCAACCCGUUCCAGGAAAUACCAAACACCGUGGUACGGAUUUUAACAAGGACAAUCUCUAGAAUUGUGCAAGCAACUCGACCAGGAUGGCAGCAGAUAAACCUUUCUGACGAAGCAUUACUCCUUGUCAUAGGGCAG